UCCGCAAGUACACGAGCGUGCCGCUACGAACUGGUAUGCAAUGUGUGGAUCUGCUGACCACAAAUUAUGUCUAGUCGCUACAAGCUGGGCGCUCUGGGAUCGAAGUCGUACACACCAGCAGAAGGCGAACGCUGGCGCUCCGUCUCGACGACGCAGACACGCACGAGAAAUCGAGGCCUGAGUUCUAAGACUUGCAUUGCGCGUUGUCGAGGAGCUGACAGAAGUCCCGCCAAGAGGCCAUAUGCUAUGUGUCGUGUCGCGUAGAUAGAUUGGGCAUGUGAAGCAGCGGCGUGACAUGAAAUGUGUUUUUGCAGCCUGAGGAUGCCGACAACUCCUGAAGACCUGAGCGCCUACCCCAACGGGGAGAUUGGUACAAGCAGUGUCAGACAGACAGUAAGCAACCGAGUGAGAACGUACGGUUUAUUUGACGACAAACCUCUUUUGCGGAGUCAGGGUAUACACGCCGGC